UUCUGGAGCUGAGCCUCACCGGCAGCAAAGAGUACAAAAAUAACGAACGGUCAGAAUCUUUCAUUCCGAUUGAAGUUCAGAAUAAAUGGCGGGAUUAUCAGAUUUACAGAAGAGACCCGGCGGAAGGCCAUUAGGUCCGCCUUCUCGAGGUCCGCCGCCCCUUCAACCCGUUGAUCGCGAGAAGACCUGUCCUUUAUUGCUUCGUGUUUUUACUAAGAUAGGGAGUCAUCAUUCGAAGGAAGAUUUUUCUGUAAGAGGCAAGGAGCCCAAGGAUGAGGUUCAAAUAUAUACAUGGAAAGAUGCAAAUCUUCGGGAGUUAACUGAUCUGGUCAAAGAGGUGGCUCCAGCAGCAAGGAGAAGAGAUGCUAGACUUUCAUUUGCUUUUGUAUAUCCUGACAAAAAUGGUCGUUUUGUGGUGCGAGAGGUGGGAAAAACCUACUCCAAUAGAAAUGGAAAAUUAGACGAUAGCAAAGCGCUGGCUGAGCUUGGUUUCCAGAUUGGAGACUAUUUGGACGUCGCAAUUUUGUAAAGAAGAUUUUACUGGGAUUUUCAGUGGUGCAUUAUCAAGUUGAUUUCUGAUGGGUGAAUUUUCUCUGGAAAGUUAUGACCGAAAAAUUAAUCGUCUAGAGAUGGGGUGCUAGCAAAUGAUCUUUUUAUAAGUAGCCAGAAACAAGCAUCAUUGUAUCAUGUAGUUUAAAUUUGUUUAGGAUAUUGUUAAGCAGAGGGGAAUAUAAUAAACCCAACUUAUUGUUGUAUGUGUGCAUCAAUAAUAUAACUCUAGUGUGGUCUUUCCCUUUCAGAA